GGGUAUUGCAAUCACACCAGAGAACAGACACAACAACGUGAAUAACAACAAAGCUUGGUCUUUUCCUCUUUUAGUCUGCCAAGUUUCCUUCUUUCUUGUUUGUUUCUAUUAGGAUUUGCCUGCUUUAGGAUUUAUGAUACAUUGCUUUGAUUCCUCGAGAGAUUCGUCGCUGUCAUCGAGCCAACAAAGUUUUCGAGAUGGGUUUGUGGCCGUGGAAUUCUCUUCUCAACUGGCUCCGGAGCUUAUUUUUCAAACAGGAAAUGGAGCUAUCUCUUGUAGGCCUUCAGAAUGCAGGAAAGACGUCUCUUGUAAAUGCCAUCGCUACAGGAGGCUACGGUGAGGACAUGAUUCCGACUGUUGGGUUCAAUAUGCGAAAAGUUACAAAGGGAAACGUAACAAUAAAGCUUUGGGACCUUGGAGGGCAUCGGCGGUUUCGUACCAUGUGGGAACGUUAUUGUCGUGGUGUUUCUGCAAUUGUGUAUGUGGUUGAUGCUGCUGAUAGAGACAGUGUUCCCAUAUCCAGAAGUGAAUUACACGAACUCCUGACAAAACCUUCCUUAGGUGGAAUCCCUUUGCUUGUUCUUGGCAACAAGAUCGACAAGUCAGAAGCACUUUCCGAGCAAGCUUUGGUGGAUCAAUUAGGUCUUGCGUCGAUGACAGAUAGAGAAGUUUGCUGCUACAUGAUCUCGUGCAAGGAUUCUGUAAACAUCGACGUUGUCAUUAAUUGGCUUAUCAAGCACUCAAAAACCGCAAGUGAUCCUUGUGUUCACUGUGACACUCAACUUGUUUCAGUCAAGAUCAAUUGGAGGUCUUUGCCUGGAAGCAGAGUAUGCAGGGAACAUAGUUCAUGCUGGAAUUUGUUUACUGCCAUUUCAUUUUAGUCGAGCUGCAAGUAAAUGUGCUGUACAGAAAUAUAACAAUUUAGUCGAUGUUUUCAUCUUCUUAUGCACUAAUUAUUAUUAUUUUGAAGAUUGGUUUGAUUUUAUUCUUUAAUCUCUGUAAAUACUUUCAGUUUUGUGAUUGUUUUCAAAAAUUAUCAAAAUUCAAUUUUCCUAGUUGUUUUCCAAGAA